CACACUACACUAACAGACAUGUAGCCAGAAUAACCUUACAUUCUGCUUACAUAGUUUCACAGCAGACCACAAGUACAAAGAUGAGCCAAAAGUUAUUACCGGACUACUUCCGACCGGUCAAUGUGCGACCACGGCCUAUGUCGGGAGCUGAUAGGAGAGCAAUACUAAGAGCGACCGCGGAAGAGACUCAAGCCCUUCUCCCCGGCAUUCUAAGUACGGUGCCUCGGGCGCCUCCAACAGCACAGUACUGUCCACGCAUCAGAUAUCCUUCUUUAAAUCCAAGAUUCAGUCCAAAGCUGUCAACCCAUGUCGAAGUCAUAUUUGGAGAUACGUUCGACAUCGCCAUUAGGGUUAAUAGCCCCUCCAGGCAAUUCCGGCAAACUGACACGCGGAACGUGUGUGUCUUGAAUAUGGCCAAUGAAAGCAAUCCAGGCGGCGGUUGGCGUAAUGGAGCUAUGGCUCAGGAGGAGGCUCUUUGCUAUCGAAGCAGCCUCAGCUCCACCCUUAAAUACCGAUACUAUCCCAUAGGAGAACGAGACGCCAUCUAUUCUCCGACCGUCGUUAUCUUCCGUGAAAGUUUCACACAGGGCCAUGGGCUGAUGGACCUGCAGAAGCCUGAACAUCUCCCUAUUGUGAGCGUUAUUAGCGUUGCUGCCCUGGAAAGACCAGAGGUGGACUAUACGGCAAAUCCAGCGGCAUUUAAGUUUCGUUCUGAUCGAGAACUGACCAAAGACAAGAUGCGGUCUAUUCUCCGCAUUGCAGGGUUUAAGAAGCAUCGGAGAAUAGUCCUAGGAGCUCUGGGUUGUGGCGCAUUUGCGAACCCAAAUGCCGAGGUUGCUCAAUGUUGGUUCGAAGUCCUGAAUGAAAACGAAUUUCAGGGAUGGUGGGAGAGGAUUGUAUUUGCGGUUUUAGAUGACAUGUCGAAAGUUGCUCAGGGUAACAGCAAUUUCGAUGUCUUCCGGGAAAGGCUGCAUGGAUUGAGGGUAUGAACAGGUAGACCAGGAAAAGUGGUACAUAGUAUUAUAUAAAACCGGUAUAAUAACGUCCGUCACGUCGUAUCUCCCGAUACGUCGCUAAUAUGGCUAUAAUGGUACAAUGGUCGGGGUUCCUACUUUCGAAGUCGGCCAGAGCGCCUUCUGGUAGUUUGUUGUGCUUCUACCAGCUUAGUCUCUGUCUCAUCGAUGUCUUCCUUCUUGACAGAAGCCCUGCUUUGCCUUUUGGGCCCUGUCUUGGGCUUCAAAUCCUCUUCGCUAGCUUCCGGUUCGCUCUCCUCCUUUUUCACUGAGGCCCGCUUUCGCUUCGAC